AUGAAAUCCAUCUCGGUGCAGGCCUGCGCUCUUCUUCUCCUGUCCAUCGCCUUGUCCGUCAAUGCGGCUUGCGGCAAAAACCAGGAAGCAGACGAAUUCGGCGGACGCCAACGACCUUCACUUCCUAUGCACCAAGCAAGCCUCCAACCAUCACUCUUCCUGCUAAAAACCCGGCCCGGGCCAAAUCAGCUGAAACCCUCAGGACCAGCCACGAUGUGUCUCUCUUCACUCCAUCUUAGUCUAAAGCCUAUGGGUGACGAGCCUGAGCAGCAGACGCGUCACAAUCCUGCAUCAUGCAGCGAAAGGGGCGAGCGAGCAUCGAUGCUCCCUGAGGUCCCACAGCCUGUCCGAGAGCGCACACGAGACGGAGACGGAGGGGAAGCCGCCUGUCGCAGAGCAAGGCAGCUGCUACUUGGCUGGGCGAGGGAUUAUCGCGCGAUCUCCACGCUCGCGUCACUGCCCCUCCACUUCGCGUCGUCGCACGUGGGCUCUGCCACUUUCGAUCUCCUUGUCCUCAAACCACUCGAGGAGCUUUGCCGUGGCCUUUAG